CAUAGGAGCUAGUCGUGUUAGCUGCAGGGUGUCUGGAAGAAGUCUCUCAGCAGGACAUUGACACGUCUUACUUGUAAUUAAUUAACAAUGUCUUCAGUUCAGCAUUUGAGAGAGUUUAUGAACGAGAGACUAACUGCUGCUGCUGAAGAAAUAUUCAGAGUUUUUCACAAAUCUAUCAUCGAGUAUGAAGAAGAGAUCGACCGUCAGCGCAGACUGCUGGAUAUCGUUUGGAAACCUGAAAUAAAAUUGGACAUAGCAGAGCUCCCACAGCAACAUCAACAGCAACAGGAGGAGGUUCUCACUGAUGAGCAGCUCUGCAACCACGAGAGGAACUCCAGUUUGGACCAAGAGGACCCAGAGCCUCCACAGAUUAAAGAGGAACAGGAGGAGCUCUGCACCAAUCUGGAAAGACAACAGCUGGUGGUGAAGCAGGAGACUGAAACCUUUAUUUCGACUGCUGCUAGUGAGGAAAGUGACAGCAGUGAAGAGCGGACUCUGGACUUGAUGAUUGAGAAUGUUGUCAGCUUGUCAGUUAAAAGCUCUGAGGUACCAGAAACAAACAGUGAUGACCAGCUCCUCUCCCAUAACUCUCAUGUAGCUGAGAGCCAAGAUCACAAAGGAGGAAAACUAGGAGUCUCAGGAUCUACUAGAAAUACAGAGACAAAACCACAGAAGGGACAUUAUGAAACUAAAAGUCACAGUGACAAUGUAUGUAGCCCUACCACAUCAAAGAUUCAGCUGGAUACUGAAACAGGUAAAAAGGUUUUGAAGUGUGACACUUGUGGAAAAGCUUUCAAGUUUAUUUCUCACUUGAAAGUACACCACAGAGUCCACACAGGUGAGAAGCCGUACACAUGUGACACUUGUGGGAAACGAUUCUCUCAGGUGGGCGUAUUAAAAGAGCAUAUGAUAGUCCACACAGGUGAGAAGCCGUACCCAUGUGACACUUGUGGGAAAAGAUUUUCUCAAAUAGGAAAAAUGAAAAGCCAUAGGAGAACACACACAGGGGAGAAGCCAUUCCCAUGUAACACUUGUGGGAAAAGAUUCUCUGAGAAGAGCAUAUUAAAACAACAUAUGAAAGUCCACACAGGUGAGAAGCCAUACGGGUGUCAUACUUGUGAGAAAAGAUUCUCUCAUCUGUCUGUAUUACACAGGCAUAUGAAAAUCCACACAGGUGAGAAGCCGUACCCGUGUGACACUUGUGGGAAGAGAUUUAGUGAAAUGACAAAAAUGAAAAGGCAUAUGAGAGUCCACACAGGUGAGAAGCCAUACUCAUGUCACACUUGUGAGAAAAGAUUUUCUCGGAUGGAUGCAUUAAGAAUGCAUAUGAGAGUCCACACAGGUGAGAGGCCCUAUCCAUGUAACACUUGUGAGAAAAGAUUUCUGAUGUGAACACUCUAUAACACCAUAUGUGAAUACACACAGGUGAAAGAAAGAUUUGCCGGGUUAGAGGCUGAACAAGAGAAUGGAUGCUGUGGUAAAAGAUUCAGUCAGAUGUCAGGCUUGAAAAUACACAUAAGAAUCAUCAAGGCGAGAAGCUGUAUAUUAGCGACACAUGAUGUGGAUCUUUGUGGUGACUUCAAAAUAUAAUAAUAAUAAUAACAACAACAAUAAUAAUAGUAAUGUUUUGCUGCCUGAGAUUAACUCUCACCAGUGAGUGGCGCUGUUGUUUUUUGUGUUCAUCAUUAUGUGUGUUGUAAUAGCCAAUAGGUAUGACUUAGGUUAAUUGGAAACAGGAAGUCCCACAUGUUCAGUAAUGGUGGAUACAGACAGAGAGGAUUGUGACGAUCAGCAUCCAUCUUUCGUUGUUGUUUUAUGGAAAGCUUUGUACAUAUUUUCAAUUAUUAAAAUGUUUUUAAGCAUGAUUAAUAACUACUUUGGAUUUACAAAUGUUUAGUAUUAAUGAUGUUUUUAUGUUGAUAGCAUAGUUGCAUGGUGGCUAUAUGUAGCCUUACAAUUUAUAUCAACUUUGUUUGUGUCUUAUGUAGCGAUUAUGAUAAAUGUGCAGCUUUAUUCUUUUUAUGUAAAUUACCUAAACAUUAUGUAGAAAUAUGAUAUUAUGUGUGGUACACUAUAGCCAAGUGUCUGAAAUUAUGUGAAUGUCUGGUGGGAGGAAGUUCCAAAGGUGGGGGGCAGAUUGGCUGAAAGCUCUUGACCCCGUGGUGAUUAAGUUGGCAGAUGGGGCAGAGAGCUGGAUGGCAGAAGAGGAUCGGAGAGUGCGAGAAGGUGUGUAGAUGUGAAGUUCAGAGAGAUACAAUGGUGCCAGGUUGUGAAGGAUCUUGAAAGUGAGGAGCAGAAUCUUAAAGUCAAUGCGGGAUUUGAUAGGGAGCUAAUAAAGUAGCUGCAGAUUAUGAUACAUUUCUUUGUGAACUGCUAGGCCAGUUUUAAAUAAAGGCGCUCCAAACGACAGCCAUUAGUUUUGAGCCGGCGUAGUGCUGGUGUAAACCAAGGAGCAGAAUGGGUAAAAGAAACAGAACUGGUUUUCAGAGGUGCAAGAGUAUUUAGCAGUCCAUGAAGUCCAUCAUUGUAGUGAGAUACCAGGUCAUCUGUGGUGGAUAAAUUGUCUCUUCUGGGGAAGUCAUCAAUUCCACUGGAGAGA